AUGUCGAAAUCAUACCAUUAUCAGGUUUAGUAUAUUGCUAAAGAUCAAUAGGAAUAAAAAAGAGAUACAUAACAAUAUCGAAAAUAACACAAUAAUAAUUAUGAUGGAUAUUAAAGAAACAAAAAAUAUUACAACAAUCGAUAGCAUUAUUAAAAUGAUAAUAAGAGAGUGGAAUAUGAAUAGAAAUAUUAAAUAUGUUAGCCUCAAAAUAAUGUUUAUGAUGCAAAAUUAUUACUUUCAGCUUAUCGAGAAUAUUUAUAACCUCCUGAAGCCAUAGUCCAGCUGAUCAAAAAAAUACCAUAAUUAUUUGCAACCAAACCAUUCAAGCCUAUUCCUUAGAAUUCGCAUUGCAAUCAUAGUGAUGAAGAAGAACCUCAAUGGAUGCAAGACACAUAAUUCAAUGCCCCCUUUUAAUUAAACGAUAUAGAAAAUGAAAUGCAAUUAAAAAGAGAACAAUAUUAGAAGGAUCAUGGCACAUUUGAAAAAAAAUAGGAAGAGAAGAGAUAAAAAAUAGAAGAAUCUUAAAUAAAACAAGAAGCUAUGGAUAUUAUUGAAAUAGAAAAAUAGAAGUACAGAGAAAAAAGAGAAUAAGAAUUAAAAUAAUCAGAAGCUGCUAUCGAAACUAAAUUAAAACUUAUUGAGCUCUUCUCUUCAAAUAACGAACCAUCAUUAAAUCCUGUCCAGAUCAAUCAUUAAAUAUUAACAGUAGAGGAAAUAGAAAAGAGGCAAUUAUCCAAUUAAACUCAAACUACUAACCACAAACAAGAGGAGGUUUUGUAAGUUAAAGAAACAUGUAUUAGUGAUGAUGAAUUAAAUCAACUUUUGGGUCUUAACAACAAUAAUGAAAAUUCACAUUUUAAAACUGUGGAUUAGCUGCCUACUGUUCUUUUUAAGAGCGAAUAAAUUAAAACUUCACCAUUUUCUAUUCAAGCUCAAUUACACAACAAGGACAUUAAUGAACCAUUGUGGUUUUAUAUUGAUAAAUCAAACAAAACUUAAGGUGGGUUUCCAACCAAAAAUAUGGAAUAUUGGUAUUCAUAAAAUUAUUUUAAACCCAAUCUCAUGAUUUCAUGGGCUUCUCCUGGAAAAUGGAUAUACUUGGAAUAAUUCUAAGCCAAUUUAAAUUUGAUUUUAUAAGGAACUUUGGAUAAGUUAAAAGCCAUGGAUCCUUCAGUAGUUGAUUAACCCAAAGCUUACAAGCCUGUAUAAUCUAAUCAAUCAUCGUCUUGGAAUAAUCAAUAGCACUACGUUUAAAAUAACAACAACAGCAGAUAUUAAUAUAACAAUUAUAAUAAUUAAUAUGGAUAAUAAAGAAAUAGAAACCCCUAAAACAGAACUGCCUUUUAGAUCGGAUAAAAGGAUUCAUAACAAAUUCAUUAUAAUUAAUAUUAUUAUUCAAAUGGAAAUUAAAUUGAAUAAUCAGGUGAAGGAUAUAUUCUUGAUCCAAAGAGUUUUCCAACACCUGAUGAAAAAUGA